CACAGCCGCAAUCAAAGACGCGUAUAGUGAGAAGGACCAGCUAGAAACAACUCCCAAACGUCAUCCGCUGGACUUCACACAAGCGCCAACGGCUUCCGAGUAGUCCGGAUUCAGACGACGUCAUCGCCGUGUUCAGCAGGUGUCAUAAGUUUUCUCUCUCCCUCCACGACUCACCUUUUCACCUGAUACUUGGACUGGUCGUUUCUUUCACGAAACAACAUUUUUGUAUUCCAUCAACACAUCUUUUCGUUCCCACAAGUAAAGGACCAAGCUCAAUUCAGAACAAACCAGAUACUCCACAAACAGAUAUUCUACAGUAGAACUGCAGCCCACAUUUCCACAGGUGGAUCCUGCACGCCAAAGCAAACCCUCGUCUAUCCACGCGAACGGCUACGCCUUAUUCUACAUCAGUAAAUCCACACAUAGGGACCCCUUGAACAACACAUCACCAGCCAAUAGCCGCCAUGGAGAUCAUCCAGGUCGCCCUCCGCGGGCUGCAGCUCUUGUUCCUGAUCAUCCUGACCGCCCUGCUUGGUAACGUCAUCGCCACUUCAAAUCAUGGCUCCUUCGUCUCCGCCGCCGGUGUCAACUUCUCCAUGUUCGUCACUGUCUUGUCGUGGCUGGUGGUCCUCUAUGGCCUCGCCGUCGCCUUCGUCGAGAGCAUUGCGGUUCCCAUCGUCGUCAUGGCUGCCGACGGGCUUGUUCUGCUCUUCACCUUCAUCGACGCUAUCGUCCUGGCCGCUCUGCUCAGGGUGCCCAACUGCGGCGCUGCAGGUAGCCUCGAGAAGAAGUGUAGAGAGCUGCAGGCGAGCACUGCCUUCAUGUGGUUCUUGUUCGCGACGUUUGUGGCAAGCACGGCCUUCGCCGCCAUGGGUUUCCGCCGGGGAGGCAGUGGCAGCAUGAGAUCUGGGCCGAACAUGAAGCAGGUCCACGUUGGUGUCUGAGGUGACCAAGGACGAGAAAUCCGCCUUGGUGGGUGGAAGUAGGGGCGCAACCUCUAUGAAUUACACGAGUGAUUAUGAUGGGAUUUGGGUUGGGCCUCGGGUGGGGAGAGGAAGGAGGGUAAGAAUGGGUUUCCGUGACAGGUUCACGAUUAGGAUAAUAAGAAAAGGGCGGGCAGCAUUGGUAAUGAGGUACGGAUAUGGAUAUGCGCCCGCAAACAUGUUUGUUUGUAUGUGAUCUUAUAUUGUAUAGAUGGAAUCCAACUACACAAAACGCG